GCCUGCCUGCCUGCCUGGCAAGUCAAAACAUGCUCCGGCCCCAGUGGACUAACAGCAGAAGAUGGCAGAGCUGCCGGAGGUUGGGGAGGCUUUGGGGGAGGGCAGUUUUGUGACUGCCGCACUUGAGGGCUGCCGCCUUGCAGGCAACAGGCUGAACCUGGAUGUGUACCCCGAUGGCUGUCGCCAGUUCCUUGAGCUGUUUGAGAAACGAAGGGAAGAGAUGGCCCAGGUGGAAUUCCUGCGGCUGAACUGCAAUGAUGCUCUCAUAGACUCCACUCUGGGCAGCAUUCCUGUCCUGAAGUGCCUGAAGUCCCUGGUGCUCAAAGGUGGGCAUACCCAGGAUGAAUUCGGUGCUUGUCAGCAGGGUUCCCUGACAACCUUGCCACAAGAUUUUGGGAGUCUGCUAUGUCUCGCGCAUCUGGAUCUCAGCUUUAAUAGCUUCUCCAGUUUGCCCAGCUGCGUCACUGACCUUGCCAGCCUCCGUGUGCUCUUGGUGUGCCACAACAGCCUGGUGGAGCUGCCCGAAGACUUUGGCCGGCUCAGUAAGCUGACUUUCUUCUCUGCCAUGAAAAACCAGCUCCGGGAUCUACCACGGAGCAUCGGGGAGCUGGCAGCGCUGCAGAGACUGGACCUGUCUGAAAACGCCCUGCAAUCACUUCCCGAUGAGAUCGGGUGUCUGUAUAACUGCAUGGAGCUGGAUCUCUCAGGGAAUCAAUUGAUGGGUGUCCCCGACUCACUUGCCAAUUUGCAGUCUCUGCAGCAGCUGCGUCUUCACAGCAAUCUCCUGGUGACUGUCCCCGCAUCCCUUGCCAGCCUUCCCAACUUGUCCAGGCUUGACUUGCAGAACAACAGGCUCCGCUCCAUCCCCCCAGAGAUCCAGCACUCUCCCUUCGUGCACCUGCAGGGCAAUCCGCUAGGAGAACCUGAGAUCCCUCUGCAAUCUGAUGAAUCCAGCUCAGGAGAGCUAGGAAGAGUGUUCCUUGUUCCCAGUGAGGACAGCUUUACUGUGACCCCUGAUGGCUGCAAAGUCAUCCUGGCCUGCGGCAUCCGGUUUUACUUUCCCCCGGGUGCUGCCACCUCCUCAGUAACGAUCCAUUUCCAAACGCUGUCUCCUGACCCGCAGUGGGUGAAACUGAGGCACCAUGACAUCCUGCUGAGUGAAGUCCUGGAGCUGCAGCCUCAUGGGGUUGUAUUCCAGCAGGAGGUGCAGAUCUGGAUGCCUUACACCUCCCCUCAGACGCUGCGUGAGCGAGAAGUGGUAGUUCGGACCUUCAACGGGCAGAGCUGGAGCGACCUGCAAACCAAGGUGGAGCGGAGAGGAAAGCCGAAGAAGCACGUGGCUUGCUGUAGCAUCCCCCACUUCUCCUGGUUCCUGGUCGUCUCUCGGCUCGUGGAGAAUAAAUGCAGCGUCCCAUCAGAGGGGACGUUGCUCUUUUCCACUGUGGAUCCAAGCAUCAAAGUGACCUUCCCUCCUGGAGUCACGGAGGAGACUCGGAGUGUCACAUUGCAGGUGUUGCCAGUGUCAGCAGAGGAGCUGGCAGAGAUCACAGAUGAUCCAGAGUCCAGAACCGGUCCUCUGCUCUGUCUCUCUCAGAAUUCCACUGUGGAUUUCCUCAGGCCAGUUAAAAUUCAACUCCCGCUACCUCCAGGGGUCACAGGUCUCACCCUAGAUCGCUCCAGGCUGCAUCUUCUUCACGGCAACCUGCAAGCCCAAACCUGGGAUGACAUCACCAAUCAGGUGGUUCUGGAGUUCACCCACCUAUACGCACGGUUUGAAGUCACCCACUUCUCCUGGUACUGGCUGUGGUAUACCACCAAGACCUACAUCGGCGGCAUCGCCAGGAAGGUGUACGAGAGGCUGCGCCUGUACCAGGUGAACUUCAUAGCGCUGCAGAGGAAGAAGGACCCAGAGCAAGUCUUGCUGCAGUGUGUCCCCAAGCACAAGGUCGAUCCUGUUCUGGGAAAGCUUCAUGACCGCUACCAGGGCCCGGAGCCCUCUGACAUUGUGGAGUUGUUUGAGGGAGAGCAAUUCUUUGCGGCCUUCGAGCGAGGCAUCAACAUCGAUGCCGACCGCCCAGACUGUGUGGACGGACGGAUCUCAUUCAUCUUUUACUCCCACUUGAAGAACAUGAAGGAAAUCUAUGUGACCGCUGAAGUGGACAGGAAAGGCCAAGCGGUGAGAGGGCAGGUCUCCUUCUAUCGUGGCGAAGUUCCAGACAAUGUCCCUGAAGAUGCCACCAAGAGGAGGAAAGGGCCUGACUCCCACUGGCUGGCUACUCUGCCAAUCAAACUGCCUAAACUGAAAUCCCGCUCGGGUGAUCAUUCAGAGCCCAAGAACGGCUUCUCCUUCCCUCCUCUGAACCUGGGGAAUGCCGAGACCGGCUACCUGACACAAGCUAAUCUGCUUGGCAUCGCCGGGCGCAUUGGAGCCGACUGGCAAACUAUUGGCUUGAACCUGGGGCUGCCCUAUCAGCAGAUCGAACGAAUAGGAUACAACCACAGGGAGGACCUGGAUAGUCAGAUCCGGAACAUGCUUUUCUCCUGGGCCCAGCAAAACUCUGAGGACCAAAACUGCGUGGAGAAGCUGAUCACAGCCAUGAAGGAGAGUGGCCGCCAGGACAUUGCGGAUGAGAUUGAAACUGUCAUUGCGCUGGGAAGGCAGAAAUACAGGGCGUCCAUCCGCCGGGUGGGCCUGGACCAGGAGAGCAGCACUGAAGACUCUGCGAUAGCCAUGGUGUAGCAGCCAGCAGAAGGAACUCUGCUUCUUACUGUGGUCUGGCACUGCUUCUACCUCAGCACAGGCUUCCUCUAAGAAAGGGAAGACUUCCAAAAAGAGGCGCGUGGAUUCUCUCCUCAAGGAGCCAGCUCCAAGAAAGUCCACGUCCCUGGCAAGAUCUAUGGUCUCUGAAGCCUCAACCUCUUUACUUGAUACCGUUAAGUGGAAGGACUCUGCAGCACUGCGAGUACUCGAGGAAAAGUCCCAGAGCAUGAAGGAGAGAGACUGCUGUGUUAGAGCCUCGGUACCUUCUACAGCAAAGAGAGCAAGAAUAGACACUUGGGACUGGCACCAUUGAAGUCAGCCCAGCCUUUGGGACCCAUGCAUGCAGCACCCUCGGCACUGAGCAAGGGGCAGCGCCAGAUACCAUCCGCGUCUACUUUGGAAUGCCCACCAUCAGCAGUACUGUUGGCUUCAGCAACCAUGGCCAUAGCUACUAUUUGAUAGCACAAGAGUUCAGAUAUAAUAAAGACCUGUUGAUAACAGAAGAACUGGAGUCUCCACUCCUUAUGGGUACCAAGCAUCUCCCUGUAAAGAGUCCCUGAUCUCUGGACUACCAUCCUUUGGCACCGCAGGACUCUCCACCGUUUUGUGCAAGUGGUACUCCUCUGGAUGAGAUGGAGGAGGAUGAAGGAGACUUCCAGUCGGUUUCCUCUAUUUCUGUUCAGAGUUCUAGCAUAUCCCUUCAGGAACCCAUUUUCUGAAAGGCAUAGGGAAGAUCGAGCUCAUUAUCCAGGGUGGUGGAACCAACCUUACAUGCCACUCCCAGGAAUCUGUACUAGGACCAGUGCUAUUCAACAUAUUCAUAAAUGAUUUGGAAAAAGUGGCAAGCAGUGAGGUGGCAAAUUUUGCCUACAAUACAAAAUUACUCAAGAUAGUUAAAUCUAAA